AUGCCUGUGAGUAGCUCUUCAGCGAACAAAUUUACAAUUCUAUACGGAUCCCAGACUGGCCAAGCCAAAGCGAUCGCUGAGGAAAUUCACGAGUUCUCAGAACAACAUGGCCUUUACUCGAACUUGUUUUGCCUCAGUCUUACCGAGAAAAAAUUCACGCUGGAGAAAGAAUCACUAGUUGUUUUCGUGGUUUCCACAACGGGAGAGGGUGAUCCGCCAGACACAAUGUGUAAAUUCAUGAGGAGAUUGAAGAAAAAGACUCUUCCUGGAACACAUUUGCAAAAUUUGCAUUAUGCUCUCCUUGCCCUGGGCGAUACCAACUACACGAACUUUUGCAACAACGGCAAAGUAUUGGACAAAAGGUUACUGGAACUAGGGGCUCAGAAGUUUUACUCUACCGGGUAUGCCGAUGAUGCAGUUGGACUUGAACUGACAGUGGAACCAUGGAUAGAGGGAUUAUGGGGGGCUUUACAAAAUCACCUAGGCUUGCUACUACCAGAGAGUGAAAGUCAGCAAGACAGCAAGAGCACAGCUGCAGACACCAGUUGCAAUGAAAAUAGGGUUAUCAAUGGCGAUAACAAAUCUUCUGAGAGUAGCCUGGACUGUGAUGGUAAGACUACAGUUCAAGAGACCAGUCACACCAAAGACAUAGCUAUCAGUGGUGUGAGCAAUUCUUUCAAUAUGGCUUAUACCAAAACGUUACAAAAAGAAAGUCAGGAUUCGAGCAGUAAGACUACAAUAGUGGAGAUCAAUGAUCCCAAAGAUCAGGUAGUCCAUGGUGAAAACAACUCUUCACAUGAAACCAAUGGCAAGGUUACUGCAGAUACUAACAAUGGUGUCAACCACAUAACAGAUCCUUACAAUGGUGUGAAAAGUAAUAAUUCUAAACUAAGCAACUCAGAUGGCUUAUCCUCUCCUAGAUUAGCUGAUCAGCUGAAGCAAUCUACUGCUCCUUUAUCAUCCUCUGCACUAUCUAUACCACAGCUUCCACCAUCCUAUCUAGAGCUGUCAUACCAUCCCGAGCUUAAACUUGACUGUACUUCAUUGCCUUUACAUAAUGGCUCAAGUUUUCCAAGUGCCGUCUCUGAUGUCUCCAUGGCAACUGUGGUAUCUGCAGAAAAGCUUACGAGUGAGAACUCCAUCAAGACUGCGCUGGACUUAGAGCUUGAUGUCACUGGUUGUAAUAUGAGUUACGAACCAGGUGACUCUUUUGGCAUUGUUUGUCCAAAUCCCAGUGCUGAAGUAGAGGAACUGAUUGGAAAGUUAGGGGUAACAGAGAAAGCUGAUACACCUUUUUCCAUCCAGCUGAUAAGUUCCACAACCAAGAAGGGAGCUAGUCUACCAGACUUCAUUCCACAGUGUUCAACAAUCAGGCAUACACUACUGACAAGCUUGGAGAUCAGAACUGUUCCAAGCAAAGCCCUCUUAAGAGUCUUAUCUGAGCACACCACUGAACCUCAAGAGAAGAGAAGGCUUCAAGAACUCUGCAGUAAACAGGGUGCAAGUGAUUACAGCAGAUUGAUCAGGGAACCUGGGUUAUCCUUGUUGGACCUUCUUAAUGCUUUCCCUUCAUGUCAGCCACCCUUUGAAAGAUUGCUUGAACUGCUACCGAGAUUGAAGGCACGACCUUACUCAGUGUCAAGCUCACCACUUGAAAAUCCAACUCGUCUUCAUUUUGUGUUUAACAUUGUGGAGUUCCCAGCUGUUGAAGAGAUCAGGGAACAAAGACAAGGCAUUUGCACUGGUUGGCUAAGUGAUAUUACAAAAUCCCUGUGGAGAAACAAAGAUAUAAGCAACAAGGAAUUGCCAGAGCGCUUUGCUAAGAUGGCUCUUCAGGAGGUCCCUCAAAUUCCAGUAUUCCAGAGAAAACGGUUAAACUUCAAACUGCCCAACUCUCCAGAGACACCAAUAGUCAUGAUUGGGCCUGGCACAGGUUUGGCACCAUUCAUAGGUUUUCUACAACACAGGGACCUUAUGCAGAAGGCAGGAGGCAAAGUAACACAUCUCUCUGAAGCAUGGCUGUUCUUUGGCUGCAGGCACAGGGAAAGAGACUACCUCUACCAGGACAAGCUGGAGUACUAUUUAUCAACUGGUGUUUUGUCACGACUGUUCCUUUCCUUCUCUCGUGAUACUACUGAUGGUUUCCAAGGUUAUCCCCCUCCCAAGUAUGUUCAAAACAACUUGAGACGUCAUGCUGUUGAUGUAGCUAAACAAGUCUUCGAGAAAGGAGCUGUUGUGUAUGUUUGUGGUGAUGCCAGGAACAUGGCUAAGGAUGUAUAUGAUACUUUCCUUGAAAUAGUUCAAGAGUACAAGGGCCUGGGUAUUGCAGAAGCAAGACAAGAAAUGAUGAAACUGCGUGAUCAGAAGCAAUACCUUGAGGACAUAUGGACUUGA